UCGGCAUCAAGAAGCCCUUUCUGAGGUUGCCCUCCAGACGAGAGAGAAUCCCUAAAAAGGCCCUAUUUUCCUCUGCCACUCUCAAUCCUCGCAGGGCAAGUAUAUAUCUAAAAGAGAAUCAAUAUUGAAAGGCGAAAAUUCGAAAUCAGUUGGGGAAGGGCGAGAGACAUCGAAGAGAAGAAGAAGAAAAUGGGGAAGACGCCGGUGAGGAUGAAGGCGGUAGUGUACUCGCUAUCACCGUUUCAGCAGCAGAUCAUGCCUGGUUUGUGGAAGGAUCUAACCACCAAAAUUCACCACAAGGUCACCGACAACUGGAUCAGCGCCACUCUCCUCCUCGCUCCUCUCGUCGGUACCUACAUAUAUGUUCAGAACUUUAAGGAGAAGGAGAAGUUGGAGCAUAGGUACUGAAUAUGCCUGACAGCAAGUCAAGCGUCUUCUAAUCCUUUGAAAGGCUUUUUGUAUUUCUCUCGUUUUGCCAGCAAAUAAGCUGAAUGUUAUGGUUAUCAACUGCAUUUGCAGUUGGGGAAACCUCGCUCAACCUUUUUUGUUCAUUACCAGAUACAAGUUAGUGUGAUUUGUAAACCAUGCUUAAUUUUUACUUUUCCUAAUUUCAUGGUAUUAGUUAUUCUUAAUCUGUUUUGUUA